UGUUCCUCUUCUCAGCCCUUCUUCUCUGAUUUCUCCCAGAAAUCCCUCGCAUUCUCGUGCCGACGGCGCCGGCGCACAAGAAGCGAGGCCUACUGGCCCCGGAUUUGCGUGGAUUGCUUCUUCCUUCCUUCCUUUGUUGGGCAUUUUAUCUCUCAUCCAAAUCCCGAUGGAGCAUACAUCUGAAGAAGAAUCUGAGAUUAGUGAUUCGGAGAUCGAUGAGCACAAGGACAAGAUCUACGCUCAACUGCGGUCCAAAAAAUUGAAAGUGCAGUAUGGUGAGAAGAUCUUCCGAUGCCCGUUCUGCCUAGGGAAAAAGAAGCAAGAUUACAACGUCAAGGAUCUUCUGCAGCAUGCCUCAGGAAUAGGGGCUGCUCAGAAACGCAAGCCCAGGGUGAGGGCAGCACACCUAGCACUUGCAGAGUACGUGAAGAAUGAUUUGGGCAGCUCCUUGGAACCAUCAUUGCAACUUGCCAUCGUUGAGUAUAAGCCUCCUAAGAUUGAAGAAGAGAAGUUUGUAUGGCCGUGGAUGGGCAUUCUGGUUAAUCUACCAGCUGAUUUGAUGGAUACAAAUUUUGUCAGGGAAAGUGAGCAUAUGUUAAAAUCACAGUUAUCACGGUUCAGACCAUGCGAAGUCACUAUUCUUUUGGAUUCCAAGGGCCAGACUGAUCACUCCAUCAUCAAGUUUGCUGAAGACUGGACUGGGUUCAAGGAUGCAUUAGCUUUUGAAAAGCAUUUCAUAGUGGAGCAGUACAGUAAGACUGAUUGGAACAGAAGAAACUGUAGAAUGGACGAUCUUUAUGGAUGGCUUGCAAGAUCUGAUGAUUAUAACUCUCAUGGGACAAUAGGAGAGCAUCUGAGGAAAAUUGGAGUUCUAAAAAGUAUUGGUGAUCAGGAACAUGAGAGAACUGAGCGUAUAGCUCAUUUUACUCGUCAAAUGGAAGAGAAGAAUAAGCAUUUACAAGAACUGGAGCUGAAGAACAAUCAAAAUGCCAUGAAACUUGAUAGCAUGAUGAAGGAAAAGGAUCGAAUGGUUGAGGAACAUAAUGAAAAGAUAAGAAAGAUGCAGGAAGACGCUCGCAGGAAUUCUAGUAAAAUAGUUGAAGAUAAUCAAAGACUGCAACAGGAACUGAAGACCAGGAGAGAACAAGCCAUCCGGAGACAUAAGCAACUUGAAGAGUUGGCUAGGAAAAGUAAUAUUGACAGAGCAAAAGUUGAAGCAGAGAAAGAAAAGAAUGCAAACGAGAAUGUUCUUCUUGACUUAGCAACCCUAAAGCAUCAGAAGGCGCGUGAAGAGCUCAGGCAGCUUCUCAAGAAACACGAGCAAGAGAAAGAAGAUGCUUUCAGGAGGCAAUACAAACUGGAAGAGGACUUAACUUCUAAGCAGAAUCUUGAGAUGGAAUUAGCACAGUUGAGAGGGAAGUUAGAGGUAAUGAAGCACAUGGGAGCUGAGGCAGAUACAACAUCAAAGGAAUUUGAUAAGGUGUCUGAAGAGCUGAAAGAGAAAGAUGAACAACUUGAAGCCAUGGAAUCUGCAAACCAGGCCCUUAUUAUUGUGGAACGAAGGACCAAUGAUGAACUUGAACAAGCCAAGAAAGAACUUAUACAGGGCCUACAACAGAUACAAGUAACUCGAUCCACUAUUGGUGUCAAAAGAAUGGGUGUGCUUGAUGAAAAAGCUUUUGUUGCUGCAUGCAAGAAGAAAGCAGGAAAUGGUGUUUCUAAAAAAAAUGCAAAGUAUGAUGUAGAGGCAACACUUGUGUUAUCAAAAUGGGAAGAUGAGAUCAAGCAACCAGAUUGGCAUCCUUUCAAAGUUAUCGAUGUUGAUGGACAGACAAAGGAAAUAGUCCGGGAAGACGAUGAGAAGCUGCAAGCCCUGAAAGAAGAGCUAGGGCAGGAGGCCCACGAUGUUGUGGUCAAGGCCCUUCUUGAGAUGAACGAAUAUAACCCCAGCGGCAGGUACCCCGUCCCCGUGCUGUGGAACUUCAAGGAGAACCGGAGAGCGCCGCUUGACGAGGCAGUAGCGUACAUUCUCAAGCAGUGGAAGACGAGCAAGAACAAGAGAACCUACUUCUCCUGAGUGAGAUCCGACGCCUCCUAGUCCUAGCUGUAGUUUCUGGCCUGUGGCGCUGUAAAAUCGUAUCGUAGUAACAGUACUUGAUGCUUAGUAAAUUGCAAAAGGAAUAAACACAAUUGCGAAGAGGGUUUUAGAAAACCAUUGGAUUUUUUAGAGAUACUAAGCUCCCAUGAAAUGAGACCUGUUGGUGCUUUU